CUGACAGGAGGUAAAUGUUUUCGUCAUCUAUUUGUGAGUCACAGCUAGGGAAUGUCCCCCAGUCCGUGCUUGAGAGAAAGCUGGACACCAUUGUGUGUGUAUCUGGGACUGGCAGUAGUGUAUGUAAACUGUGUGUAAGAUAUUCGACCAGUGAGACGUGCUCCCCCUCCCCCUAAAUACCGGCCAGUGGGCCCACAGCCACGGAAUGAUGCUCUGCUAGUCAUACAAUCUGAGGAAAAUACGGGUCCCCGACCAGUCCCAAGAGCAUCAAUGAAAUUCCCAUCACAGAGAACCAGUCAUAAUGGUUUACCCAGAUCUGCCUCAUUGCCUCUCACCAAUGGUAUACAAAAGAAGCCACCACCACCAAGACCGCCACCACCUAAAUUUAAUCAAUCACAGCCCACCCUGGAAAGACCACACCCAAUUUUUCAGAGAUUGCAUAAGUUUUCAGUUAGAAAGAAAACCCAUCAUCAGUUAGAGCCAAAUAAUUCAUCCAAGAGUAGCAAUGUUGUUGGAGGCAUGUUUGGCAAAUUGCGUGGUCCUCCACCCUCCCGUCCCAGACCUUCUCCUGUCCACAACACAGUGUCUGCCCCAAGCACACCUGUGUGUGAAGCUUCCUUAAUAGACUUUUCAUCACCACCUGGCUCACCCACAACAAGAUCUGGCAGUGAUGGUCUCAGUGUUAACAGUUUUGGUAGUGAAUCCUCUACAGGAAACCAGAGCUCAGGCUUUGAUGACAUUUUUGAUCCUUUUGGCUCUAUUCAAGAACCCAAUGCUUUUAUACCACCCGUAAGGGUGGGGGGAUCCUCUUUUUAUUCUAGUGCUCCAGCAGCUCAUACUGGAACAGAGAUAAAUGAAAACCAAGAUCCAUUUGAUAUGUUGGCUCGCAGGGCAGACCUAAACAAUGUUCAAACACACAAACCUCAAGUUUCGGCUAUGCCAACACAGAAUACUUCACAUUCAUCUACAUUUAUUAGUUCAUUAAGACAAUCAGCUACUCAAAAUAAUUACAGUAAAUCAGAACAAAAGAACUUCAGACCUACAAUUAUCCGUCCAAAGGCACCAGUUUCAAGUAGUCAGGUUGAAAGUGCAGGCGACAGUAGCAUUAGUAUGAUCAGUCAGUAUUCAGAUUUGGGAAGUAUUGACUGGAGUGCUGCAUCCAAAGGUUCAAGUACAAAUGUGAAGUCCUCCAGUGGAUGGGAUGCUGGCACCACCAGUAUAAUAGCACAGACUAUUCCUGAAGAACCUCCACCUCUACCUCCACGACCAGAAGCUGAGGAUGAGGAUGAAGACAGACCACAUGGCAUUGCUGAGUUUGAUUUUGUUGCUUCCCAGUCAGGUGAUCUGGAUUUUAAGAUCGGUGAUGUGAUCCAGCUUCUUUACCGGAUUAAUGAAGAGUGGCUUUUUGGGCGGUGUGGACUCAAGGAGGGCAUGUUCCCACAGGCUUUUGUUAAGAUAAUAGUACCCCUUGCUGGUGAAGACCCCCCAGCAGAUUCAUCUAGUCAGUCGGCUCCUGUAAGUGUGAUAGAAGCAGCUAACGCACCUUGGUUUGGAAUCUCCAGUGCCAACAGCGCAUCUUCUCAAGCUGUUAAAGUUUUAUAUACAUUCCAGGCUGAAGCACCAGAGGACCUCACGAUACAUGAAGGCAGUGUGGUUCAUGUGUUGGCUCGCCUGAAUGAUCAGUGGCUGUAUGGAGAGUGUAAUGGAAAGUGUGGACAAUUCCCCGGAAACUUUGUUGAUAGAAUACCACCCAAUCUUCUUCAGAUGUGACCUCGCUGUAAAUAGGCAACAAAUAUAAUAUAGUUCUUAAACACAAAGGUUAACUAAUGAUUUCAUGAUUUCCCUAUUUAAAAAAACAUUGAUAUGAUUUAUUAAGUUUUAAGCUGUGCAUUUGUUAAGGAAUAGUGCAAGCAUUGUCUACCUCUUCAGCAAAGCCUUUCAUGCAUUAUGGUGUUAAGAAACACUUUCAGUUCCUUGCCAAAGCUUACUUAGGGAUUCAGCAAGUUAAAAAUGGGUGUGCCUCUUGUACAAACUGAUAAGAAACAUGCUUUCUAUGUCUAGACAGGUUUCCAGAUUUAUGCAGCUGGUGGUCAACGGGUAUUAUUUUGUUGUCUCUUAAGAGGUAUUUUUAAUAGCCUCCUAGUCUGACUCCUUCAUAAAUGUUUUGAAAUUUCACAGCUUUGAAGUAGGAAAAAUGAUAGAUCUAGGUAGACAAGGAAAUGGCUGAUGCUGUGUAGAAUGCUCUAAAAUGAAUUGAUGUUGCAGUUUGGAACUACACAUCUUUCAUGUUAAGAAAGUAUAACAUAUUUUUUUGUAAGGAACUAAUUCAUUGCAUCUUAAAUUUAGGAAAACUUAUCACCAUGUAUGUAUAUUACAUUUUCUAGUUUAUCAUGAUUUACUUAGACUUCAUUAAACUGUUACAUAGUGAA